AUGCGAUGCGCGAGCAAGGCCGCCGAGAGCGCGUCUGCACGUCUCUGUGCGGACGCCGAAGCAGAAACAACAGCAACUGAUGUCUCAUCGGUUGCUGAAGAGACCCAGCCUGUGUCACUUGGUGACGCAGGCGCUGGUCAUGAAGACACUCGUGUCUUCACAGAGUACGAGCUCGGUGUCUCGUACUCUCCUGAUACGGAUGACGGAUCCGUAUCGACGGCGAUUGAAUCUAAGCCGCCUGCCAAGCGUGGCAUGGACGAUGCUUUGCGUCGCAGCAUCUUUGGUUCAUCUGAUGAAUCAGAUGAACCAUCGCCGAAGCGAAGGCGCUCGAGGUCGCGAGACUCGGGCGCUAAUAGUGGUGUCGGUUCUCCUAUGGACACCACUUCACAGCGAGGUGCCAGUACUUCUGUCGGCACGUCGCAGGAAGAGCGGGACCGCAAUGUGUUGCGUCUCGCUCCAGAAAAGAAGGCAUGGAUGCCUCCGAAAUCUGUCAUGGAUCACUUGUCGGCGACGACGAGUGAUCGUUAUCGAACACGAUUGUUCGAUUCGUCAAGGAUCCAUCACCUUGACCCCAGCGCGAAAGACUAUCGCGCUGAACAUGAGUUCUUCAUCGAUGCUUUCUUCAGACAUCGAUGGUACAGUGGGAAUCACAAACGUGAUGGUCCCUCACUACUCAGGCGUGGAACGCCUACAUCCAUAACCUCGAGGAUGUAG